CGAGUUAGCGCGGUUCACUCGGGCUCUUGCUACGAAAAUAGAAAGACAUUACGGCGUUUUUGAAAAAACAAAAAAAGGUGUCGCGGGUAAAUAUAUGAUAUUGUUGAACGAAACAGCAAUGUCUUCGCUUCGUCGUUUGAGAGAGUUGAUUAGCGAGCGAUUAACUGCUGCCGCUGAAGAAAUAUUCACACACGUAGAGAAUAUAAUCGUCGAGUACGAGGAAGAGGUGGACCGUCAGCGAAAACUGUUGGAGAUCGUUAGUAAACCUCGAGUGAGGUUACAGCGGAUAGAGCUUCCACAGCAGCAUGUCUAUAAUGAGCAGAACUUCCGUAACCAGGAGAGAAACUCCAGUCUGGAGUCUCUACCGAUUAAAGAGGAAGAGGAGGAAAUCUGCACCAGGCAGGAGCAGCUUGAAUUAAAGGAGGAGGCUGAUACCUUUAUGUUGACUCCUGAUGAUGAAGAAAGUGAUCACAUGGAACCAGAACCAGACACUGACCAUCAGCUCCUCUCUCCUGUAGCUGAGAGUCAAGACCAAACAGUCCACUGGAGAAUUAUCACAGAGCUUCCACUGAAAUAUGUUCUUCAAGAGGAGGAGGAGGUUCUCACUGAGCAGUGGCUCUGUAACCAGGAAAGGAACUCCAGUCUGGACCAAGAGGAACCACAGUCUCUACAGAUUAAAGAGGAAGAGGAGGAAAUCUGCACCAGUCAGGAGCAGCUUGAAGUGAAGCAGGAAGUGGGUACCUUCACGUUGACUCCUGUAACUGAGAGUCAAGAGCAGACAAAUAUUACAGAUGAAAAGCCCCACACGUGCGACAUUUGUAAGAAACGCUUUGCACGCAAAACCAACCUGAUGACCCACAUGAGAACUCACACAGGUGAGAAGCCAUAUUGUUGUGAAACUUGUGGAAAGUGUUUUCGACAAUCGACGCAUUUGAGAGGUCACAAAACAAUUCACAUAGGUGAGAAUUCCCAUGUGUGCGACAUUUGUAAGAAAUGCUUUAGGUAUAAAUACGUCUUGAUUAAUCACAUGAGAUCUCACACACGGGACAGGCCUUUUUCUUGUGAAACAUGUGGAAUGUGUUUUCAACACAUUGAAAAUUUGACAAGACACGAAAUAACUCACUCAGGUGAGAAGCCACACGUUUGUAAUAUCUGUGAGAAAAGCUUUGCCCGCAAAAUAAAUUUGAAGAUCCACAUAAGAACGCACACAGGUGAGAAGCCAUAUUGUUGUGAAACAUGUGGGAAGUGCUUUCGACAAUGUUCAGAUUUGACUAAACACAAAAGAAUUCACACAGGUGAGAAGCCUCAUUGUUGUGAUAUUUGUGAGAAAAGCUUUGUGCUUAAAAAAAAUUUGAAGAACCACAUUAAAACUCACAGGUGAGAAGACGCCAUAUACCACUGACGUGGAUGGUCA